GGCGGGCGGCUGCAAGGGGAGCCAGAACAGCGCGCCGGGCAGUGGAUGAGGCGCGGCGCCAGUGGCUCAGGGCGCCUCCCCCCUGGGCUUCCCGAACCUGCCCGGUGCGACCCGAGGGGGAGGAUGGACACUCCAGCCGCGUUCUGAGCCUGCGCAGAAGAUAAGACCCCUUGUAGCUGCAGCACACCACCGUCCAGCCUAGGCCACCCCCUCACCUCCCCCCAACCCCUACUCGAUCUCCCGAAGUCGGAAGCGCGAAAAAAAGAGCGCGCGAUGGCGGACAACCUGAAGAAGCUGGCCAGAAGCGAGUCUUUCCGUGAACUGCAGAAUAAAGUCACCUACUGGGUGAAGGAUUACAACACAAACUCCUGUGAUCAAAAUCUAAAUUAUUGCAUCGGACUCAUCGAACAAGUUGGCAAAAUACAAGCGCAACUCUUUGGGAUCCUCACCGUGACAGCUCAAGAAGGAGGGCACAAUGAAGGCGUGGAAACAAUCAAGACUCGGCUUCUGCCUAUGCUGGAGACCACUUUCAGUAAUAUAAACAUGAUAAAACUUAUGGAGAACAAGCAGGACCCGCAGUUGAAGGACAAAAACAGAGUGGGCGUUUCCCGGGAUCAGGAAGAACAGCUAUCAGAUGGUGAACUGAACCCAGACAAUCAACAAAACCAGGUUCAAGACGAUCUGACAGAGAGUGGAAAGAGUCUUGAUGGAACCAAGAACAGAUCAACCAUAUCCCUCAUGGCUGCAGAGGAAGAGAUAAACCAGCUAAAAAAGCAGCUUAAAUCUCUUCAAGCCCAGGAGGAUGCCCGCCACAGACAAACAGAGCGCCGACUCUCUGAGACCGUAAAAUCUGAGCGUCGACCUUCAAGCAAAUGGAAAUCAGAGCCACGGGUCCCAGAUGUACGGAGCCAAGAGGUGAUCUCCGACUAUGAGAAACAUCUGCAAAAUCUGAAGGAUGAGAUAGCUGUCUUGUCUGCUGAAAAAUCCAGUGUCCAGAGCAGGCCAGCCUUUAGCCGGUCUCCUAGCCCUAACCGCCACUGCAGCAACCACCACAGCCGCAGCCACAGCCGCAGCCACAGCCGCACCCACAGCCGCAGCGGCAGCCACAGCGGCAGCCACAGCCGGAGCCGCAGCCGCGGCCACAGCCGCGGCCACAGCCGCACCCACAGCCGCAGCCGCAGCCACAGCAGGUCCAACAGCCCCUGCACCGACGUGGUCAAGGCCAGAAGCCCGUCCCCAAACCGGGCCAAAACGUCCAGCUUGGCUCGCAAAGCUGCUCUCCUGUCCCGAUUCAGCGAUGCCUAUUCCCAGGCCCGUCUGGACGCGCAGUGCUUGCUGAGGCGUUGCAUCGACAGGGCUGAGACCGUCCAGAGGAUCAUUUACAUCGCCACAGUGGAAGCAUUUCACGUAGCUAAAAUGGCAUUCAGGCAUUUCAAGAUCCGGGUCAGGAAGAUGCUAACACCAUCCCAUGUGGGCCCGAAUGACUUUGAGAACUCAGUCUCUGACUAUAUCGUUUGUCAUCUUGAUCUAUAUGACUCUCAGAGCAGUGUUAAUGAUGUGAUCCGUGCCAUGAACGUCAACCCUAAGAUCUCAUUCCCCCCUGAAGUUGACUUCUGCCUCCUCACUGACUUCAUCCAGGAGAUCUGCUGCAUAGCCUUUGCGAUGCAGUCCUUGGAACCACCCCUCGACAUUGCAUUUGGGGCAGAUGGAGAAGUCUUUAAUGAUUGCAAGUACCGCCGCAGCUAUGAUUCGGAUUUCACGGCUCCCUUGGUCUUUUAUCACGUGUGGCCUGCUCUCAUGGAGAAUGACUGUGUCGUUAUGAAGGGAGAAGCUGUCACCAAGAGAGGGGCUUUUUGGAGCUCUGUGCGACCUGUAACGCGGUGCCGUAGCAGGAGCUUAAGUCCCAUCUGUCCUCGUACCCGAAUUGGACUAAGCACGAUAUCUCGAAGUCGGAGUCCGUCUCCAAUAAGAUGUACAGUGUCAAGGUAUUAAAACCACCAGCCACGUUUGUUCGCCAUGGUCCAUUGGAACAGCCAACUUCCUCAGGGCUUCCACCCACCUGCCCUGUCUGCCUCCGACCUCUUAACAUGAAAUGAAACGGCAAUUUUGUGUCUCACUCUGCACAGAGUUAAAUGCUUUGGUUCAGUGCCUUUGUAACUCUAGGUACAUAGCAGUUCCAUUCCAUUUUAUAGGAGCAAAUCCCAUUAAUUUCAUAAAAAGAUUAUAUAGGCAUAUAGGAUCAUAUUCAUUUGAACAUAGUCCAUUACAAAGAUACAGACUUCCCUCCCAAACUACUAGACUCUUUCACAGAAACUCUAGGACUGAAAACAGAAGUCAUUACCCAGCUGAGUCCCAAAGAAAGGACUAGUGAUCUUAGUUUAUAGAUCAGUCAUAAAUGCUGCUAUUGUCAGCUUUUAACUUCCAGAGACCAUAGUUAGGUGUUCUAAUCCCCUUAUAAAGUUUCAAAGGCAGCCUUAGUUUCAGGCUGGGAAAUUCACCCCAGUGCCACUUAUUUCAGGGUAAAUGGAGACUGUGAUAAGACAUUAAUUUAAAAGGGCAGAAUUAGUUAGCUUGCUUCUCUUUUUAUCAAAGCUUUUGCAUUUUCUCUUUUCUAUUUUCUCUUCCUUGCUUCCCUUCCUUCCUUCCUUCCUUCCUUCCUUCCUUCCUUCCUUCCUUCCUUCCUUCCUUCCAUUCUUUCCUUACUUCCUUCUUCCUUCCUUUCGUUCUUUCUUUCUCUCUUUUUUUGUGUACAGGUGCCACUUAAUCAGUUCAUAUUUGGAAGCUAUAGCUUCCAGCAUCUGAGAUCUAACUCCCUCAUAUUUUUCCACCUUUACACUUUUUUCUUAUAAGAUACACAAUCAAUUAGUGAACUCAGUUAAUAUUAAUUAACAGUCAAGCUUAAUCAAUUAACAAACUAAACACCUUGUAUACUGGCAACAUACUACAGAUAGAGUAAUGUUGAGUAAUAAAAGAUGAACCAGAAUCGAGGCAUGUGGGAAUGUAUGGCUUUUUCAUUUAGCGUGCUCUACAAUCUGGUCUCGAUGUCUUUCCCUUUAGAAUAAGACCCAGUCUCAUCUUCUUUUUCUCUUGGCACACAGCACUGUGUCUUUGCUUGCUUGCUUGUUUUCAGGGAAUAUGUGUAUUUCCUGAGUGUGUCCUAUAGUACUGAGGAUAGUUAUGUAUAGAAAGAGCUGGAUUUUAUGGAGUUUAAUUUCCUGUCUAGCUGUAUGCCCCAUUUUCCUGUCAUGAAGAACAGAUAUGAAUACAUAAGAAAAUGGAGCUGACGAAAGCUAGGCUUGUGGCAGGAGGAUUGCCAAAAGUUUAACAUCAGUCUGGGCUAUUUGGUGAGUUCUAGGCCAGCCUGAGCCACAUAGGGGUGGCCUUGUCUCAACAAACCAAAAGCAACACACACACACACACACACACACACACACACACACACACACACACACACAAAGUCUCAGUAAAAAUAGCAAGUCAAAGGCUAUGUUUCAAUGGAAGGAUUAAAAAGUACUAUUAUGAAAAUAUCUCUAGAUAAAACAAAGCUACGGGGAGGCUGAGGAAGACAGCGUGUUCAAGAAAAUGCUUGCUGUGCAAAUGCAAAGAUACAAGUUUGGAUCCCAGCACCCAUAAGGCUGAGCAUGACAGCAUGUUUCUCACCCCAAAGCUGGGAAGGGAGAGACAGGAGCGCCUGGUCAAGCCGAUCUAGAUAAACAGGCAAGCUCAGGUAGGGAAGGGGAGGUUUUCUCAAAAACAAAGGUGGAGGAGAAUUGAGGAAGAUAUCUAGCCUCCUCAUUCAACUCAUAAAUACGUGCACCCAUCUCCGUAUGCACAUAUAGAUGAACACGCGCGUGCGCACACACAUACACGCACAGGGGCAGUGGGAGAGGAGGAUGAGUGCUACAGAAGGGAAAGAUAGACUAGUGUGGUAAAGUAUGCCAGAGGAUAGAACUCGAUGUUAGAAUCUGUAACUCUGGCAUUGUUAAUGAAGCUAGUAUGAGAAGGAAGAGGCGGUCCAUAGGGCAUCUCUAUGAACAUGCCCCAUUAGUGCAUCUGUUUGCUCCACCCAUGCUUAAGUUACAGGGCAUCUGCUGACCAUUCCAAUUUGCUUUUAAGCAUGCCAUACAUCCUGUAGUAGGCAGAGCACUGUCAGCAUCCUUCUGGGAAAAAUAGAGUCAGUGGAAGAUUUCUUAGUGGUGUUGCUUUGAAUAAUCUCAUGCCUAUAAUUAAGGGUAAGAUGUUAUGGAACCUUAAAGAAACUAGCAUUUACAAACUGCAUUAGGUCAUGGAACAAGGAGCUCUCAGGAGCCAUAUGAAUAAGUGAAAUUUAGAAUGGCAUGUGUGCCUUAAUACGGGAAUAAACAGGGGCCGUGAGAAGAUAGGAACUAGAUUUCUUGUCUCAAAUGAAAUGUAACUGGACAAUUUCACACUUGAAGAGCCUCCCAGCAGAGGUCAGCAUGAACACACUUUCCAUAGCGUCAUCAACAAUUAUCUAUCAAAACUGGGCAUUUAUUUGUCCUUCUAACUGGGUAAGAAUGACAGAGGAGAGUGGCAAGUGCGUGUACUGCGGAUUUAAUUACAAAUUGGGUUACAGUGCUUUUAAAUUUCAGUAAAGUGAUGUAUUAGAAUAUGCUGUAAAAUGUGCUAGAACGGCUACUUAGUCAUUGGGCAAUUGUCAGAAGAGCUCAGGUGUCACACUAUGUAUGAGUCAGGUCUAUUGGCAACUCUUAUUUUGGGACACUGGAGCCAGGCCUGUGACCCAGACUAUCCCUGGGAAAUAUAUGAGAGGAGCCACUAGAUGGCAAUGUUGCUUAGGAAAUGAGAGCCAUGCUCUUGCUGUAGAAAAAUGGUUUUGGAUAGAAAGCCCUGAGAAUGUAUCUACAACUUCAUUACUGGGGCAACUGCUCACUAUCAACUUAAACAAUAUCUUAUAUGGAUAGCGAAUAGUCAGUAUGAAAACAUAGAGUGUCAGAAAAUUGGCUGAAAAACUAUGCCAUAACUAACCCGAUAAAAGAUGUAUGAAUUUGAUUGUCUUAAGGCUCAAGAAACAAUUUCUUAAACAAUAGGGGUGAGGGUGGGGGUAAUAUUUGUCUGUCUGUCUGUCUGUCUUGGUAUUUUAAGAAUUCACUCUAACAUCAUCAUUGUGUCAACCUAGAGUUCUUACUGAGGUGCAGUGCAAUGAAAUGUUCGGGUUAUCAGUUUUUGCUCUUGAUGUUCUGGCGGAAGACCCGGGCUGCAUUCCCUGGCACUUGAAUCAUGAACAACUGCCUUGACCCCAGUUCCAGAGGAUCUGACGCCCUUUUCCAUCCUCCAAAGACAUCUUCGUGUAUGUGGUGCUUCUGAGAGCAGGAAGGCACAUACACACACAAACAGAAAAGCACACACACAGUCACUUGGUGUUAGUGUUAUUUUUCUUGCCUUCCUGUAUAUGGGUGAGAGUAUGUGACAUUUGUCUUUCUGGGGCUAGGUUACCUGCUCAGUUUCCCAGUUCCACUCAUUUAGGCACAAAUUUCAUUUUUCUUUACAGCUGAGUAAAAUCACACUGUGUAUAGGUAGAGUUUCAUUAUCCACUCACCAGUUCCUGGACGCUGUUUCCAAGUCAUAUCCACCAUGAACAGAGCUGAAAUGAAGGUGGAUGAGCAUGUCUCUCUAGUAGGUUGGGGAAUGCUUUGGGUCUAUGUCCAGGGUAAAGCUGGGUCAGGUUGGAGACCUACUUCUGGUUUUCAAAGGAACUGCCACGCUGAUUUUUAUAGUGGCUGUACAAGUUUGCACUCCAACCAACAGGGAAUAAAGUUCCCCAUCCUCCACAGCCUUGACAAUACUUGCCUUCUGCUAACAUUAGCCAUUCUGACUGAGGUAAGAGGAAACCUAAAAGCAGUUGUAACUUGCAUUCCUCCGACGGUUAAGGAUGGCGAACAUUUACAAAAAUACCUCUCAGCUGUUUGCAUUUGUUCUUCUGACAUGCUCUGUUCAGUUUCCUAGCCCUUUCUUAAUGUCUCACGUUUUCAGGUCUUUGUGUAUUCUAGACAUGGAUUUUCUUUUGUCAGGUACAGUGCUGUCUCGCAGCAGCAGCAGUUUCCUGCAGAAAUACCCACAAGGUCAAGCCAGCCAUGUCUAGUGUGGAUAGGGAGGGCUCGUGGGUACCGACCACUGAAGAGCUAGUGAGAGUUGACAGCUUCUAGGGGGGAGGAAAAGUCUGAUUUCUUCAGGAGUGUGGGACUGGCAGAUUGACCGCAAUCAGUGGAUGGCCCCAUACCGUGCAUAUGAGUAUAUGGAGCAUGUUGGAGACCCACUUCUGGUUUUCUAAGGCACUGCCACAAUGAUUUCCAUGGUGGCUGCACAGGUGAACAUGGUAGAUCUUUAAAAAAAGACAUUGUUGGUAUGGAGUGGGGAGAAAAUGGGGACUAGAUCUGGGAGGAGUUUAGGGGGAGGAGCUGAGGUCAACAGAAUCAAAACCCAUUGUUUGCUUGUAUAAAUUCUCAGAGAGUGUUAAAAAAAAAAGGUUACACUAAAAAAAGAAGUCUUACUGAAAUUGAAAAAAAUUAAACCCCAAAUAAAAAACAAAACAAAUCCCUGCAAACUGAAGCAACAUGGUCCUAAACCAAUGUGAGCAGGGACACAGCUGAUUUAUACUGGGAAUAAAGUUUCUCGCUGAGGAGAUUCGACAGCCAAAGCGUGACAGCUGUAGUCGCAUUCCUUAUUGCUCAAGACAGACCAUGCUGAGAACAGUGUGGCCCUGGAACUGCAGUGCCGACAGCCUGCGGCGAACCUGGGCUGAGGGAGCUUCAGGUUUAAGUGAUUACAUGACUUCAAAGUUCUUGAAAAGCCUCAUCUAAGAAGAGACUCCCCCAACCCCUAAUUAAGCCAAAUUUUCAACAGGGAUUUCUCUCCCCCGACUUUUUUUUGGACCAGCAUUUUAAUUCAAAUGUAAUUUAAGCAGUUGCUUUGGAUGCCAAUGACUCAGUAAUAACGUUUUAGUGCAGAUUCAGGAAUAAAUCCUCGAUGAACUGCGUCAGCAUCUUAAGGGAGGAUGGGAAUGCAUUCUCCAAGCUCCGGACGUACCGGUUGUCUGCCAAACAACUCGGCUGGGCUGGUGGAGACCCAUGGUGAUUUGUGUCUGUUCCUUAAGUCCUGCUAGAAAUAAAA